GCCUCCUCUCCCCCUCUCUCUCUAUUCUCUCUCGCUAGCGACAGCGCCGCGCGGCGGACCGCCGAGAAAACACACUCGCCUUGUCGUCGGCGCGCCGCCAUUGCUGGCGUCUCGUGCGCGUUUUUGGGGCUUUGGUGGCGGUGGCCGGAUUCUCGCGUCUCGUUUCGGCGGCCAGCGGCGGAUACCGACAGCAGCAGCAAGCAGCAGCAGCGGCGGCGAGUGCGUGAUCGAGUGUGCGGCGGCGCCAUGGCCGGCGCCUGAGCGGGUGUCGUGAAACGAGGCCUCGCGGCGUGUGCACAGCAGCAGCGUCGUCGGCUACGAGCGGGCGGCGCCCCCCGUCGGCCGUCUCCGGCGCGGCAGCAUCGAUCCGCAAUGUUCCCCAAUAGGCAUCCGGGUCCUCCAGCGCAGCCGGGGCAGCCGUUCAAGUUCACCGUGUCCGAGACCUGCGACCGCAUCAAGGAGGAGUUCAACUUCCUCCAGGCGCAGUACCACAGCCUGAAGCUGGAGUGCGAGAAGUUGGCCAGCGAGAAGACGGAGAUGCAGAGGCACUACGUCAUGUACUACGAGAUGUCCUACGGGCUAAACGUCGAGAUGCACAAGCAGACGGAAGUUGCCAAACGGCUGAACGCCAUCAUCGCCCAGAUCCUGCCCUUUCUCUCGCAAGAGCACCAGCAGCAGGUUGCGGCGGCCGUCGAGCGAGCCAAGCAGGUCACGAUGACUGAACUGAACGCCAUCAUCGGGCAGCAGCACACGGGAUUGGCGCACCUGAUGCAGCAGAUGCAGGCGCAGCAGCUGGCCCACGGGGGCCCCGGCGGCGGCGCCAUGGGCCCCGGCGGCGGCAUGGGGCCCCUGAUGCCCCACGCGCUGGCCCUGGGCCCGCCCAACAGCGCGGCCAGCCUGCUCGCCCUCUCGUCGGGGCUGGGGCCCGUGUCCGCGGCCGCUGCGGCCGCCGCCGCCACGCUCAAGGACCACGACAAGCGGGCCGCCGCCGCAGCCGCAGCCGCCGCUGCCGCUGCCGCCCAGGCAGCGGCAGAUGACCGGCGGAACUCUCCCUCCCCCCGUGACGCCAAGGUGCGGACGCGGACACCGGACACAGAAUCCGAGAAGAAGCGGCGAAAGGAGGAGAAGCACGAUGUCAUCGUCCAUGAUAACGACGAUGAGAAUCAGGACGUGGACGUUGCGAAUGAGGACCCGGUGUCCCCAGCCAACAACGGCAGCCUGUCCCCCCGGGAGAAUGGGAGCGAGCGCCCCAUCAAACGGGAGCGACCCCCGAGCCGCUCGGGCUCCUCGUCCAGUCGGAGUACGCCGGUGUCCUCCAAGUCGGCCAAGGACGGACUCGUCAGCCCCCGCAUAAACUCCGGAGACAAGUCGCCGACGCCAGUGUCCAAGUCGCUGACGCCUACGAGCUCCGGUUCCACAACGCCAGGCUCGAGCGGCGCAGCAAAGCCCUCCCUUUCGGGCACUUCCUCCAAGUCUGCUUCAAUGGCAGGUGCGUACCCGUACCCGUUGGCGGGGGGGCCCCAUGCGGCAGCCCUGGCUGCAGACCUGACUGCCAACCCUGCCUUCUCCCAGCUGCACAGCUCGGCCCUCAGUUCCUACUCCCGGUCCCUGCUCUCCCUGUCGCAGGUGACCGGCUUCGACUCGCACCCUUCGCUGCGGCCCCCUCCCCACUUCGGAACCAUCCCCGGCGGCAAACCGGCGUACUCGUUCCACGUGAGUGCCGAGGGGCAGAUGCAGCCCGUGCCCUUCCCCCCGGACGCCCUGAUGGGGUCCGGCAUCCCCCGGCAUGCCCGGCAGAUCAACACGUUGGCGCACGGCGAGGUGGUGUGCGCGGUGACCAUCUCGAGCCCGACCAAGUACGUCUACACGGGGGGCAAGGGCUGCGUCAAGGUGUGGGACAUCAGCCAGCCUGGCUCCAAGACGCCCGUCUCGCAGCUGGACUGCCUGCAACGGGACAACUACAUUCGGUCGUGCAAGUUGCUUCCCGACGGACGGACACUCAUAGUGGGCGGCGAGGCUAGCACUAUCUGUAUCUGGGAUCUGGGCGCUCCCACGCCGCGUAUCAAGGCAGAGCUGACGUCUAGCGCGCCAGCGUGCUACGCGUUAGCCAUCAGCCCUGACUCGAAGGUGUGCUUCAGCUGCUGCUCGGACGGAAACAUUGCCGUCUGGGACCUGCACAACCAGACACUCGUCAGGCAGUUCCAGGGACACACGGACGGUGCGAGCUGCAUCGACAUCUCGAGUGAUGGCACGAAGCUCUGGACGGGGGGUCUGGACAACACGGUGCGAUCCUGGGACCUGCGAGAGGUGAGUAUGGGUCGUCAGCUGCAGCAGCACGACUUCACCUCUCAGAUCUUCUCGCUGGGUUACUGCCCCACGGGCGAGUGGCUGGCUGUCGGGAUGGAGAGCAGCAAUGUGGAGGUGCUGCACUGCUCCAAGCCGGACAAGUACCAGCUGCACCUGCACGAGAGCUGCGUGCUGUCGCUCAAGUUCGCCUCGUGCGGCAAGUGGUUCGUCAGCACGGGCAAGGAUAACCUGCUCAACGCCUGGAGGACCCCCUACGGGGCAAGCAUCUUCCAGUCCAAAGAAUCCUCUUCGGUCCUGAGCUGCGACAUCUCCUCCGAUGACAAGUACAUCGUGACUGGCUCAGGAGACAAGAAGGCAACCGUCUACGAAGUGAUCUACUGAGCCGCCAGCACCUCACCUUCUUAUGCAGGAUUUGUGUACAGAGCGCAGGGAAGGACUCUCUUUGGCCGGGAGGGGAGGGGAGGGUUUCACCUCAUUGUCAUAGGAGCAAAUCUGGGCAUUACGGUUCAGUCGUUCUCGCGUGCCACCUUUCUCAGUUCCACAUUGACCGACGUUAUUGGUUUUAUGGACGUCUCCCGCUCAGUCGCCGUGGGAAACGUGCCGAGCGUGGUGGCAAGGCGCUUGUUUGCACGCUUGGAUGUUUCAUUGCCGCGCCAGAGCGCUCGGAAAGCGCCUGGGACAACUUCGAGAAGGUAUUUUUCCGCCGCAGAUCCUUGAUUGAGUCAAAGCACCGGGAAUGUACAAGCCGUCGUUUCGAGCAACGGUUGUGGUUCGUGCUCCCAACAUUGUGACCAGAAGGAAGGUUGCAUUGUUACGUUACCACCGAGCGAACAAGGCAAACCAAAACGGAGGGGGGGGGGGGGUGCUGGCCGCACGCUCGGCUUCGUCUGGAGCGCAUGUGCGAUCGCGGUUUUCAUUUCGGGGUGACAAGUAGGAAUUUAUGAAGAGGAAAGUCAUCUCGACAAUUUCCCGUUUGCAUGUCUUUGGAUAAAAGUAAUACGACGGCUCUCGAAGUUACAGAGCUCGAAAGCGGGCUGCGGUUGGAUGCCCACUCGUGCAACAGUGCUUUCCUUGUACAUAUGAACAUUACGGCCGGAGUGUGUGGGUUCGACUUCUUUGUUUCAUGGCUGGCCAGACAUUUGUUGACAAAAUGCACAGCAGGAUUUUUGUUUUCCUUUUUUUUUUUUUUAGGUGCUGGCAGAAAGUGCAGUCAUGCCAGCUGUCUUUGUAAAUGCUCUCCAAACUUCUGGUCUCUCAAUGUGCAGACACAUCAUUGUACAUAAUUUUCGAUGUUAUAUAAAUACGAGGAAACCUG